UUACUCUGGAGAGUUAGUUACUCUGAGGUGUGACAUAGCAAAGUACUCAGACUGGCAACAGUAUUCCUGGUUCAGAGACAACAGACCAGUUCCAGACGGGAACAGGGAGACCAUCACCAUCACACUCCCACAAGAGGCUGGUCAGUACCAGUGCUCUGGACAGAGAGAGGACCGUCCCCAGACAUCAUCUACAAGUCAAUCUACUGAAAUGACAUAUCAUGAAAAAACAAAGACAGUUCUUAGAGGACCUCCACAGACCUGGCUGACUGAAGGAGACUCAGUGACUCUGAGCUGUGAGGUCAAAGGCUCCACUACAGGCUGGAGAUUCCACUGGUACAAGACUGCCUCCUACAGGCCUGAGUUGACAUAUAUCAUACAUGAAAACAGAGGAUAUUCUAUAGAGCUGGUGUCAGACAGCAUCAGAGGAGCUGGAGGCUCCUACACUCUCAGCCCUGCUGCUCUUAGACACACAGGGGUUUAUGUGUGCAGAGCAGAGAGAGGAGAGCCAGCCUAUCACACAGAGUUCAGCCAACUUCAGCCUCUCUGGGUCACAGGUCUUUCGCCUCAAGCGUCUCUGGUUGUACAUCCCAAAGAAAAUCAACAUUUUACUCAUGAGUCUCUCUCUCUGAGCUGUGAGGGGAGCGGGAACUCAACUGGAUGGACACUGAGAUGGCUCUCAAAUCGAAUGUUGCGUGAAAUGUGUCCUACUGACUGGAGAUCAGAAACUGGAUUCAGCUGCAGCAUCAGCUCAGCAUCUCCAUCAGACAGUGGAGUGUACUGGUGUCAGUCUGAGUGUGGAGAGCAGAGUAACCCUGUCAACAUCACCGUGCACAAUGGUGAUGUGAUCCUAGAGAGUCCUGUCCAUCCUGUGACUGAGGGAGAUCCUCUGACCCUGCGCUGUAGAUAUCGCUACCAGCCAUCAAACAUCAGUGCUGACUUCUAUAAAGAUGGGACACUCCUGCAGACCUCCACCACAGGAGAGAUGACCAUCCCUGCAGUCUCAAAGUCACAUGAAGGCCUCUAUAAGUGCAGGAACCCAGAGAGAGGAGAGUCACCAGAGAGUUGGGUCACAGUAAAGGUGUCGGCUCCACAUUCUGGAUUAUUUUUGCUGGUAAUUGUGGGCCUAGUUGUUGGACUGGUGAUCAUCUUUGGCUUCAUAAUAAUACUGCUUCUGAUCCAUCGCUUCAAAAAGCCAAAUGGUAUGGGUACACAAACAACACAAUCAUCUGUGUCACCCUCUAGUGGUCAAAAGCAGGAAAGUACCAUACAUGGAUCUACCCAGGAUCAGAGUCAGCCUACAGGAAGUGAUGGGGCCCAGUCAGAGGGUAUACUACUGCAAGCAGGCAUUACAGAUGAUGUCUAUGAGACCAUCUCAACACAACACCCUCUGCAACAUGCCUCUGCAAGUAAUGAAGAAGAAUGCAAUGACAUGCGUCUCAAAACCAUGGAGUACAAGUACGAGUGGAACUCCUCAGACAGAUUUUGACUGGAGUCUGACAAAGAAUAUACAUUUAAAUACCCAAACAAAUGCUGAGACAUACCGAAUGAAUUCGUAUGUAUCCCCCAAAUGAUAAGUUUUUACAUACUGUAUAUGUCCGAUGGUUUUGGUUAUUGAUUGCUGGCAACUUCUCGAUCAUAUAAAUGUUUCGAUGUGUUUCAGCUUAGCCUAGGGCUUACUGGUGUUGAUUUGCCAUUUUUGCAUUUGAUAUGCAUGU